AGUCAACCGAAAGCUAAACAAAAUAAUAAAAACAAUAAUAACGAACAAUAUUCCGCAGAAAUCGGUGACGAUACUGACACAGACACUGUUUCAUCGGAUACGUCUGCUCCAGAGCAAACUCACCGUUGUAUGUCACCCAUGCCUGAAAGACGACCAGAGGCACGUGAAAGAGACAAAUUACGGCGAGACACAAAAGUUCGGAAUUAUUCUCCACAAGCGUUUAAAUUCUAUAUGGAACAACACGUGGAAAAUGUGUUAAAGUCACAUGAUCAAAGACAGCAUCGCAGGUUCCAGUUAGAAAAUGAAAUGACAAAAGUUGGACUUUCGGACGAGGCGGCAACUCAAAUGCGCAGAAUGUUACAUCAAAAGGAAUCGAACUACAUACGUCUUAAGCGUGCUAAGAUGGACAAGUUGAUGUUCGAUAAGAUUAUUACGUUAGGUGUUGGUGCGUUCGGGGAAGUGAGUCUAGUGCGGAAGCGAGAUCCGAAAACUUUGUAUGCGAUGAAAACAUUGCGGAAAAGUGAUGUGAUAAAGCGUAAUCAAGUGGCUCAUGUGAAAGCGGAGCGUGAUAUUUUAGCGGAAGCAGAUAAUGAAUGGGUCGUGAAACUUUAUUACUCAUUUCAAGAUCGGGAUCAUUUAUAUUUUGUGAUGGAUUACGUACCUGGAGGCGAUUUGAUGGGAUUAUUGAUCAAGAUGGAAAUUUUGGAUGAAACAUUAGCCCGAUUUUAUAUUGCAGAAUUAGUUCUUGCUAUUGAAAGUGUUCAUAAAAUGGGUUUUAUUCAUCGUGAUAUUAAACCCGAUAAUAUUCUAAUCGAUCAUGAUGGUCAUAUCAAGCUCACUGAUUUCGGACUGUGUACUGGAUUUCGCUGGACUCAUAAUUCUAAAUACUAUCAAAAAGAUGGAAGUCAUGCUAGACAAGACUCUAUGGAAGUUAGCAGUUGUAAUUUAGAUGAACAUUGUCGCUGUGAAAUUCUCAAACCAUUAGAACGAAGGAGGAAUCGAGAACGUCAACGCUGCUUGGCUCAUUCAUUAGUCGGAACACCCAAUUAUAUUGCUCCAGAAGUUCUUUUAAGACAAGGUUAUUCGUCAGUAUGUGAUUGGUGGAGUGUUGGUGUGAUAUUAUAUGAAAUGUUACUUGGUCAUCCUCCAUUUUAUGCUUCCACACCUAUAGAAACACAAACAAAGGUAAUUCAUUGGAAGCAAACAUUAAAGAUUCCAUCAGAUACCCAUCUCUCUCACGAAUCUAAGGACUUGAUAUUAAGAUUAUUGUGUAGUGCUGAGGACAGAUUGGGUGUCUCAGGAGCUCAAGAAGUGAAAAACCACGCCUUCUUUUCCUCUAUUCAUUUAGAUGGUUUGAGAAAACAAGCGGCCCCAUUCAUCCCGACAAUUCGUUAUCCAACAGACACUUCCAACUUUGAUCCAGUGGAUCCUGAAAAAUUACGGAAUGAUUCCGAAGAAACCUGGAAACGUCCAGACUCAAAGCUUGAAAAUGGCAAACAUCCAGAACAUGCAUUCUACGAAUUCACUUUUCGAAGAUUUUUUGAUGAUGGUGGUCACCCCUGCCCUCUACCUGAUCCAAAUUCUCCUGUUUAUGUCUAGGUCCCAAAAAAUGGGAUUUUUUUUUUUAAGAAUUUGGGUUCACCAAUCAAAAUAUUUUUGAUUUGUUAUUUUAAAACGCCUUAAGAGGGCCUCAGAGCUGAAUUUGUUAAGAAUAUUAUAUUUAUUACUACUAGCUCUUUUUUAAAAUCAAAAUUUUUUUUUUUUUUAAAUUAAUUUGUUGCAGAUUGUUACUAAGUGCUUUAUUUAUUAAAAAAAUUGUUACAAAUUUUCAAGAGGUGAUAUUAAAAGUCCUAGUUGAAUUCCGCAUUUUAAAUAAUUAUGAAAAAAAAAGAAAAAAUAUUAAGAAUUGGAGAAAUAUUCUUAAACAAGAAACGGAACUAAACCAAAUGGGAGCCUUUGGAAUAAAUUGAAACUUGGCCAAAACUAAGUUGAAAUUGAAACUUAGUCUGAGUCCAUAUUGAAACUUAGUCUAAGUCUUAAUUGAAACUUAGCUAAAACUAAGCCUAUAAAUUUAUUUGAGGCUCUUUUCGACAAAAUGAAAUUAACGAAAAAGACCGAAAACGCCCAAUAUGGAAUAAAACAGAGCUGAAAGGACUUGAUAAUCAAGUUUACCUUGGCGCUAAAUAGACCCUGAAUCUUGUGAAUGCGGAUAAAAGGGAGAUAAUACCCAGAGAUGAAAAAAAAAUUCUAAAUUAAAAUGGCGUUGAGAUUCAACUAGUUGACUUAAAACAGGGAUGACCCAUCCAUCUUGUUUGUCUUAUUGUUUGUUUGAUUGAAAAUAUUCUUGAUUUGAAUUCAUUUAUUUAUUUCUGUAUUUUUUGGAGAUAUUGUAUUUGAAAAAGGUGCUUAUUAAAACUUGAACUAAUAUAUAUUGACUAUAAAAGACCACUGUUUUAACAGAUGACCUGUCUAACGAGCAUUUCAAAAUCACAUGCGAUAACCAAACCUUUAAUUAUAAUAUGUUGUUCUUACAAGAGAAGGUUGCUGAAAAUUACCUGGUGGGUCAAUAACCGUUUCAACACUAAAAGGACUCUAUAUAUAUCAAUUCAGAAUACAAGAUAAUUAAGGUGCUAAAUUCUUUCGUUUCCAUAUGUGAUUGUUUUAGAAUUAUUUGAAAAUUUCAGGUGCUAAAUUCUUUAGCAAAGACAUUUACAGAUGAGCAAUCUUGUUGCAAAUUGUCUUUUCAAUUGAAGUGAAUUUUUGAAUGUCUACAAUGGUCCAUCCAGAAACAGUCCAUUCCUGUUUCUUCUUGCCUUAUAUUACUAUUGUCUGAUUAUUAUUAUCAUCUGUCCAUCUUUUAUAAAAAUUUAGACUAUUCCAUCCAUAUAAAGUAUCCUGUCCACAAUUGGUGCUGAUACAAUUUUACUGUCUUCUACAUUUCAAAUCAAGAAUAUUUUCCCAAAUCCAUUUAAUGGAAUUAGAGUGUUUUAAAUGUUCAAUCUUCACUGUACCAAGGGUUUAUAACCUACGAUAAGGGGAGAUAAUUCUUGUCUUCUUAAAUGUUUAAGCUCAAAUUAGAAGGUAUUAUGGAAUUGCUGAUAAAAAAGUUUUGAAAAAAAAAUAUGAAAUUUUAAAAAUCACAAAAUUAAUGAAAGAUUUAUUUUUUGAUAUAAUGAAUAUUUUCUUAUUUGGUUAUAAUAUAAUAUUAGCAAUUCCAUAAUGUUGUUAAUUCCAUAUUGUAAUUACUUGUAAAAUAAAAUGCUUAUUUAGAAGCUUAAUUCAGAA